GCACACAAGGUCUCGCAGGGCGGGGAGGAGCGGUACGUGCUGGAUGCCAUCAUUGGCGAGGGCCAGAAGAGCACACAGGGCGGCAUCGGCGUGGAGAAUUUGCAGGGAAGCGGUCUCAUCGCUGGCGAAACCAGCCGGGCAUACCAGGAGACCUUUACCCUCUCCUACAUCACGGGGCGUUCCGUGGGUAUCGGUGCCUACCUGAACCGCCUGGGUCAGCGGAACAUUCAGAUGGUCAGCAGUCCCAUGAUCCUCACGGGCUAUGCGGCCUUGAACAAGCUCUUGGGCAAGAACGUCUACUCCUCCCAG